AUGCAUUUGUCUAACAAUCCAUCAUUGUUGCUCAAUGUCGAUACUGAUUGGAUUCCUCCAUUUCAACUGCACUCCAUCGGAUUAAGUUCAUGUCGCUUGGGGCCAAUGUUUCCAAAAUGGCUUUUGAGCCAAAAAAAUUAUUCUUGGCUUGAAAUUUCUGAUGGUGGAAUAUCAGAUAGGAUUCCAAAGUCUUUUUGGAUGACACUUUCGUCAAAACUUAAUUAUCUUGACAUGUCUCACAACAAGAUUUAUGGGACACUUCCAGAUUUGCAAAUAUUAGUCACCAAUAUUCAGAGUGAAAUAGAUUUGAGCUUUAACAAUAUUGAAGGUACUAUACCAUCCUUUCCAAAAAGUGUUACUUCAUUGUUCUUGAAUAACAACAAGUUUUCUAACCCCAUUCCUUUCUUGUGCCCUAAAGACAAAUUAAAUCUUCAAAAUCUAAACCUCUCAAAUAACUUGUUGUCUGGAUUACUGCCCGAUUGUUGGGUGAAAUUUGAUCAGCUAUUGUUUCUAAACUUAGAAAACAAUAGAUUUUCUGGUAGUAUACCAGCCUCCUUUGGUUACUUGAAGAAGCUCCAGUCGUUACAUUUAAGCAACAAUAGAUUUUUAGAUGUGAGAUCAGUGACAAAUUGUACAUCCUUAAGUAAUCUCGAUCUUGCUCGUUAUUCAUUGAGUGGUCAUAUACCGACUGAAAUUGGGAACAAUUUGAGAGGUCUUAGUUUUCUCAUCUUAAAAAGUAAUAAUUCAUUGAGUGGUCAUAUACCGACUGAAAUUGGGAACAACCGCAAGAUUUUGGAUUUGCAUAUGAAUUUAGAAUCAAUGACACUGCUAGCCAGAUUAAUAGAUUUGUCUAACAAUAAGCUAGAAGGAGAAAUUCCCUUGGAAAUUUCAUCUUUGGUUGGUCUUGUUGCUUUAAACUUAUCACGAAAUCACUUGCAUGGAAAUAUUACAGCGAUUGGACAUUUGACAUCUCUUAAUGCACUCGAUUUGUCAAACAACCGUUUUUCUGGUGAAAUUCCUACGAGCCUUGCUGAUUUGAAUUCUCUGGGCGUCUUGGAUUUGUCCAACAACCACUUUUCCGGAAAAAUUCCAACCGGUCCUCAACUCCAAACCUUUAACGCUUCGUCGUACAAGGGAAACCCAGGACUUUGUGGAAUGCCACUGCCAAAAUGUCCUUGGGAUCAACUACCCGACAAUAAUCCAGGAAAUAACGAUAAUAUCAAUCGUCAAGAUAAGAGUGGAAUCGACGACUUUCAUCUGGGGUUAUACAUCAGCGUGGUGCUUGGAUUCAUUAUCGGAUUUUGGGGAGUUUGUGGAAGCUUAGUGCUGAAAAGAUAUUGGAGAAUUGCCUUUUUCCGGUUCUUUGGUGACGUGAAAGACAAGCUCUAUGUCAUGGUUUCCGUCAACAUAGCCAGGAUUCGAAGGAGGCAGUGA